AUGUCGCCUGUCGCUACCAACAAUAGCAAUAGCAAUAGCAGCAAGAAUGGCCCGAACAAACGCAAGAGCCAGAAGCUGGUGACGUACGGCAGGAGCAAACGAUUACGGCAGGUGGCGGCAGAUAUGUUUGCACCAUCCAACGAACACACCAACUGGGACCAAACUCCACCCACUGUCCCUCCACGACCACCGCGGAGUCAGAAAGAGGCGACGAUGGCGUUGACUAAUGUCUUACCGGCGGAUAUCCAGACGGUGGUGGAGUUUACGGGCUGCUCGAGGGAUGAUGCUGAGAGGUAUCUACGGGUAAAACGCAAUGACAUCCAACAAGCAGUCGGCGCCAUCUUCGACGGCGAGGAUAUCAGCAAAGAAGAAGCGGGCAUGACAUGGGACGAGUCAGCAUGGGGCAAGGAUCGGGAAGGCGACACACGAGACAAUACAGGCGACCAACAUCUACAUCCACUAGGUACUGCUACUGCUCCACCCUCUCGAGCUCCCUCGCGGAACUCCAUGAGACCAACGAACCAGCAAGAUGAGGAUGCGCAAUUACAGGAGGCUCUAGCCAUGUCCAAGCAGGAUCCGUCCUUUCAACAGCAGGAAUCAGGUCGAAUCGGGCAGGAUGGCAAGGAGAGUCAAUUUGGUCCGGCUACGCGAGCUCAAUAUGAUGAGUCGAGUUGGGGAUUGAUUCGGACCACGCAUCCUAGGGAGGUUGUGCCAGACGUGCCGAUCGAGCAGUGCAAGCACGAACCUGGUCAGCCGCGGUUCUUGAAGCAUAUGUCGCCGGAUGGAGACUACUUGCCCAAUCUACUCACAAUAUGUCAUGGUAUUGCAAAGGUGCGAGAGGUUAUGCUUAUGCGAGAGCGAGUCCAGGCGUCUUAUGGUGAGGAUGGGGAGUGGUGGAAGGGUCAUGCCAUUGCUAUGCCGAGGAUCGUGCACACAGAGAGUGGUCAGCCUGUAAAUGUGGACGCCGAGAACACCGACACUUUCCUUGGCGAGCUGCAGCGUCUCAUGACGUUUCUGGAUUGUAGUGAGAGGACGUACGCCACUGUGCUGUCGUUGACAGACACCCAGCUUCUGAAGGAGGUCACCAGCGACCGAACACGGCCUCAUACACUCACUGGAUCGUUCUUAGAGGCGUGGAAUAGUGCUGCGAGAGUGCUACCCGACAGCGACGAGAAGACGAAGAUGCUAGAACUAUUCCGAACGAAGCUCUCUUCGAAUAAUCAUCAAGGCUACGCGAACAUGAUCGACUUGUCCCCUGUUCUCAUGACCGACGAGAAGGCAGAUCUUGGCGAGCUGCUGGAUGGCUACUUCUGGGGUACAGAUGGUAACGCUUCACUUGGCAAAGGCGAGAUCGCGGGGGAUCCAGCUGAUGUGCUUGUCCUUCGGCUGAAGAACAAGGCUUUGCAAGCACAGAAGCUUGCCGUCGAUAUCACACCCGAAAUUCACAUGGACAAGUAUUUGCAAACCAAUUCAUCGGCUACAGCCGAGCUCAGAAGCAAUAUGGCAGAGGGUCGAUCUCGGAUCAAGAAGAUCGAAGCUAUUGAGAAGAAGCUUACUCUAUGGAAGCACCCAAAGCAAGACAAGCAAAUCGACCCAAGGCUCUUGCUCAAGCAUUCGCAGGGCGUCUUCUCGGGCGAGAACAAGGUAGAUGCUGAUGCCGGCGGUCUUCCGAAUGGUGUUGCCGUCGACAUCGACCUGCCUCCACAUUACGAGGACAUUGCGCGUAAGCUCGAGGAGACGAUCUCGAGCAUCGACAAGAAACUUGAGACAUUGGCGCUGGAGCGCGAGAAGACACGAAAAGCGAUUGCCGACAUGUCACGGAACCCACUACCAUCACUUCCCGGCCAGCUCAAGCAUCGAUACACACUUCGUGGUGUCGCCACGAAGGCCAACAUUUCUUACAUCCUCCUACCAAAAGAAGAAGAAGACGAGGACCUCCUCAUGGACGAGCGACAAGACGACGACAGUACACCAGAAGGCAUGCAAUGGUGGCGCAUCGCCUACGAAGUCAACGCCGCCGGCACCGAGGGACAAAUCAGCAUGAACAAAACCCCCGACUACGAUGUCAUCCGUGCCGCCGAACUCGAACACGACUCCGCCCUCCUCGUCUACGCCAACGACCGUGCAAACGAUAUCGAGCAAGUCGAUCCCAGUCUUCCUCAACCUCUGCUCGAUUUCGUGAACAGAGAUAAUGCGCUUUUCCGCUCCGAUUUGCAGGACGCAGUGCGGUUUACGCAACCCCCGGCUUAUCACAUCGAGGGUGGCAUGGACGAUGUACGACCCUCAAUCGAACGCUCACUCCCUCACAACAUCUCAUCAGACUCCUUGCAAGCAUUAGACGGUAACCCAGAUGAUCACGAGCUCGACCCACCGGGGUACGAUCAAGAUGGUUUCAUGGCUCACCCGGGUUUUGGACUGGGUCCGGGGCAUAAGGGUGAUGAUUUUGAUCCUCCGGUUGAUGAGAUUAGGCUUGCUGGGGGGGAUGAUCAGGAGGAGGAGGAAGGGGAUGCGGUGGAGAGUCGUGAGAUGGAGAUGAUGGAUAGUUAUAAGUCGCUUGUGCCGAGUGUGAGUGGUGGAGGGCCGGAUGGGACGGGUAAUGAUCGUGAUGUACCGAUGGAGGGGGCGGAGAGUCAGCAGGCGCGGUAG